AACAGCAACAGCAAAGAGCCAGUUUGGUGGUUACAGCAAAAUGAUUUAGAAUAAGAUUUGCAGCCAUGAAUAUCAGGGGGUUCUUCCAAGAUUUCAAUCCUAGUAAGUUUCUGAUCUACACCUGCCUGCUGCUGUUCUCUGUGCUGCUGUCUCUGCGGCUGGAUGGCAUCAUUCAGUGGAGUUACUGGGCCGUCUUCACCCCCAUCUGGCUCUGGAAGUUCAUGGUCGUCAUCGGAGCCUCUGUGGGCACGGGAGUCUGGGCCCAUAACCCUCAGUACAGAGCGGAGGGGGAGACGUGCGUGGAGUUUAAGGCCAUGCUGAUCGCUGUGGGGAUCCACCUGCUGCUGCUGAUGUUCGAGGUGCUGGUGUGCGACCGCAUCGAGAGGGGCUCACACUUCUGGCUGCUCGUCUUCAUGCCGCUCUUCUUCGUCUCGCCCGUCUCCGUGGCCGCCUGCGUCUGGGGCUUCCGGCACGACCGCUCCCUGGAGCUGGAGAUCCUGUGCUCCGUCAACAUCCUGCAGUUCAUCUUCAUCGCCCUCAGGCUGGAUAAGAUCAUCAGCUGGCCCUGGCUGGUGGUGUGUGUCCCGCUCUGGAUCCUCAUGUGCUUCCUGUGUCUGGUGGUGCUCUACUACAUCGUCUGGUCCGUGCUCUUCCUGCGCUCCAUGGACGUCAUCGCUGAGCAACGCCGCACGCACAUCACCAUGGCGAUCAGCUGGAUGACCAUCGUGGUGCCCCUGCUCACCUUUGAGAUCCUGCUGGUGCACAAGCUGGACGGACACAAUGACUUCAGCUACGUGCCUGUGUUCGUGCCGCUGUGGGUGUCUCUGCUCACGCUGAUGGGGACCACCUUCGGCCAGAAAGGAUGCAACCACUGGUGGUUCGGCAUCCGCAAGGACUUCUGCCAGUUCCUGCUGGAGCUCCUCCCCUUCCUGAGGGAGUACGGCAACAUCUCCUACGAUCUGCAUCAUGAGGACCCCGAGGUGUCCGACGAGAUGCCUGCGCCGGAGCCGCCCAAGAUCGCCCCUAUGUUCCACAAGAAGACGGGCGUGGUGAUCACACAGAGCCCGGGGAAGUACUUUGUUCCGCCUCCCAAACUGUGCAUCGACAUGCCGGACUAGAGGCCCACAGCGUCCCCAAACUGCACUCUGAAUGAGGGGUGGCCCUGCUAACCCCUCCUCUCUGAUCUCCAUAUCCAUACGCAGAGCUGUCCUUUAUAACCCCACCCCUCUGAUCUGCAUAUUAAAGCAGAUGGCUGCUGUACCCACUGAUCCCGCCCAUCGGAUCUGCACACUCAUGCAGUGAAGGUGGUGUCCGUUGCGUUUGUUGGUGCUGGUUCUGAAAUGACUUUUACUACAAGGCAUAACAGUAAGAACCUCAGCAAGAACCGCACAUGGAGAAUGGGAACCACCCCAUUCUCAUGAGGAGAGUGUUUGCCUGUGGGUGGAAGGCGUUUUCUCAUUGUCGCACAGGGGCUGGGGUGAAAGGAUGCAGUGCACAGUUUCUGUGAACAUGGAGGGUGUGCUGGGCUGGCAGGCCUCAUGCAACACCAGGUGUGUGUGUGUGUGCAUGUGUGUGUGCAAGGCCAGGUGUGUGUGUACGUGAGAAGCCUGGUGCUGAUUGCAGUUAUUUGACACAGUGAAAGGAGGUUUUCUGGCCUUGGAACCAAGAGAGGCGUUACUUAGCAAUAACCUGACUGAAUAGAUUCAUUCCAAAGCUCUUAUAGCAAGUUUUAGUUCAAGGGUUUUUACUCUGUUCUAAUGUCAAAGAGCUGGCCUUUACCUGCAGAGUGAAGAUAAAAACAUACGUAAUAUCCCAAAAGAUACUCAUUCUUUACUCAAAGCUGAACUGAAAGUCAGACAAUCUUGAGCCGUGUGAAUUAACAUAACAAAAACUGCCUUUGAUUUCUGCAUUAAGUCAGCCAGCAUCAUCUGUGGUGGGGAAGGGCUUACCAGUCAGUAUGAAGCAGACACUGAAGUACUGAUGUAUCCUGAAGCGUGUAACAUUCAUGUUUGGCAUAUUUUUAACCUCACCUGUCAUCUUGAUUGCAGACCUAUCCCCAAUCCACCAGUGUGCUUGAGUUGGAGUUUCAGUUUCAUGUAUAAUCUUUGAACAGAUUGUGUUUGAUCACUUUUUGAGUUUGCGUAUGAUCCUGGCUCAUUAACGUUGGGCCGGUGAGCCGGGCUGUCUGCAGCAGCUGGGAGCUCUGUGUGGAACAGGAGCGUGGUGUCUCCGGCAGCAGCUGGGAGCUCUGUGUGGAACAGGAGCGUGGUGUCUCCGGCAGCAGCUGGGAGCUCUGUGUGGAACAGGAGCAUGGUGUCUCCGGCAGCAGCUGGGAGCUCUGUGUGGAACAGGAGCGUGGUGUCUCCGGCUCUCCUCCCGUGCCAAAUGUGUCCUGCUUUAACCUCAGUCCCAUUUCCAGCCUGAAGUGCGUCGGACGCCCCUGUGCUUCUCCAGGCUCCUGUGGAACCUCAGUGUGUCCGGCGCCGACGUGCUGGGGGGCUGGACGGGGAGUGGGCGGAGCUCAUCACAUGCUGGCAUUUCACACACAAACAUUCUAUUAAUGGAGGAACUUCCAUGUCAUUGGCUAAGAACUGAUUUUGUUUUUUGCUGACAUGCUGGGAGCUCUUCUGACCCCCUGUGAGGAAGGCCAUGGAGAGUGUGCAGAUGUUCGCAGGGUCACCCCGCCUCUCUCAGCAGGCCUGAGGGACGAGGGCGUGAUGCUUUCCCUUCGGUCGGACCAACCGUUGCGUUCCACAUCCACCAGAGUUUGUUUUUGUAUUGUUUACUAUGUACAGUCUCACUAGA